AUGUCCCAGUGGUGCCAACAUCCUCCUGGGGACUUUGGCCAGCUUGUCCCAGGUGUCUCUGCUCUGCUGCGAGGUGACAAGCUGGUGAGGCGAGAGGUCACCACAACAUCUUCCCCCAAAAAAACCAGGAGCACUGUGCUACCAACCCACUGCAGCAGCUUGAGGGAAAACCCUGGGCCUCAGGGAACCAGCCAACUCCAUGGCUCAGCCCUGGGCAAGAGCAGCUGUCCAUGUUGUCCUCCUGGCAAGAGGAUUUUAAGGAAGUUGCUCUCAUGGCUCUCAUGUGCCUCAUGCUUUGAGGCACACCAGUAUCAGCCUUCAAAUUAUUUGGACAACAUUUGGAAAGCAGGCUGGACUUCCACCCUUUCUCAUUUCCCAUUUCCCACUCAUUUUACACGGAUUCUUCUCCGGACAAUCUGCUUCAAAGUUGCCAGCUUCCAUGUAGCUGUCAGCAACCUGAGUGAGACUCUAAAUGUGACAGACCAAAGGCAGUUUGCCACAGGUUUUAUGAAACUUGUGAAAGCCGAGGACAACAAGUUUUGUAUUGGCAUUCUGGAAAACAUUCAGGUUUUGUCAGAGGAUAUAUGAGGGAAAAAUCUGUCAAAAUUCCCUGUUACUCACACUUUUAUGGACUGGAAUAAACUAUGGAAUGUUCAGCAUCUGAACAUCAAGGUCUCCAAUGCUGAAGUGCUUCAAUGCUUGCUGAAAUACUAUCUUUGA